AUGCCUCCCGAACCAACCAGCAAUGUGGCGAAGUCCGCAACUCUCGCAAGCAUGAAUAAGACAGGCAAAGCUGCCGGACGCGGACGCGGGAAGAACAAGAACGUCGACGGCGAAGACACGACCACAGUCAAUGGCAUCCCAGGACACGACAAUCAGUAUGCCCUCCUCGGCGAGGAGAAACCCCCCAGCUCAGAACCGGCGAAAAGCAGCGGAGACAACGGAAAGAAACGCAAGUCCGUCAGGGACGUCGAGACCCAACCUAAACCCAUGCUAGCGAACGCAAUUAGGGAAGCCAAAGCGGCCCUGGCGAGUGGAACCGCUAAGGAGACCCUCGGAGACGACCUCGCAAUUGUGAUCGACACGGUACCCAGCACGCUCGCCCCCCCUAACGAAACGGACGGAACGGGCGCAACGGACGUGACACCCCAGUCCGCCGACCAAGGCCCAGCACCCAGUGCGAUUCGCGAGUCCUCCACUGAAGGGAGCCGAAACGCCGCCGUCUCCCCCCCUGCCAAUACCCAGGACGCCCACCCGACCGCACAUGCCAGCAACGAUAGCCGCACGGAGAAUGACGUCCCCACCGCCCCAGGUGCCCCGAUCGACCAAACCGUCGAGGGAGCCGCCCCAGCGCCCCCCGAUGCAACGAACUCGGAGAUAGCGAUGCAGAACCCAGGAACCGCCAACCCGAACCUGGGCAUCCCUGACAGCACCCUCGCAACUUCGAUAGCCCCCCCAGCUCGACCGAACGAGACCGAGAGGCAGACCCGCACGACCGCGGAUGAAGUCAUCGGCGCGCCCGAAGGUCCAAGAAUGCACGAUGUGCAGAUGUCGGCGCCGGAAGACUCCUCGCACGAGGAGGAACCUCCAUUCAUUCUGGUCAGCGCGUCCCGAAAGGUAACGCCGGCCCCCCCCCGCGAAACAACACUCCUCCGCGACGAAAAGCAAACACGCCAACGAACGGAAGAAAGCGACGCGGAACGCCGCCGCCAGGAGAUCGCGACCCUCGUCUCGACAUCCAUAGCGAAGGGACCGUCAGGCACCCUAGACUCGGACAAGAUCGUGGACAUCGACGUCUCACGGGAUAGCGACCUCCCUCCGCCCCCCCCUGACAGCAUCCCGGAAGGGAAACUAGCUAUCAUCGGAGACCAGCUCCUCGCAAACCGCGCAUACGCGGAAGUUGCGAAAAGCCACCCGCAACGCCCUGAGGUGCGCCUCGCCCCGGUCCCGCCGAACGGAUGGACCGCGCCACAGAUGCGAUUCCGGCUGCAACAGCUGGAAGAUAUCGAGGAGGAGCAAGUCAAGUACUGGGCGGAAAACGACGAACAUUUCGGAGACAACGUACUAGUAACCAUCUUCGACAGAAUCAACCUAACAGCCGACGAAGCCCAAGACGUUUUCGGUGAGGUACGGGCGACGGUGCAAGCCUUCCUCAAGGAAGGGGCAAGCCUCAGAAUCAUCCUGCCUGUCGCGGCGAACAAGCGACAGCCGCGCACGGGUCUUCUAUCCGCCCUCACGACCGAAGACAGGGCCCUCAUCCUAUCGCAGGGGGUCUUCGCUACGGCGGAUAUCGCCUUCUACGCCUUCACCUUCGACGACGUAGUCGUGAACCCGUCCUUCUACCUGACUCUGAAAGGCCCGAUCGACGCCGACGAAGGGCUAAUGCUAUACGCCGUACAAGUUGCCCUCGCAGAGAAGGCCUCCGACAUAGUAGCUGCCCUCGGAAUGGACCCGAAGGACAGGAAAGCGAUCGGACAAGUGAACAGCUUCCUGCAGAACCUUAACUGCCGGAUCCUCCCCUUCCUCGCGCCGAAAGGCCGCCCACAACCACGCUACAAUAUAUACGGACCGAUCAUCAACUCGGCGCUCCCAUGCGCGUACCGCGACGUCCAGGCCAUUAUGAGAACGACGAACUUCUGGCAUGCGCAAGUAGGACCCGUGGACGAAAUCGUAAUGGACCCAUGCACCUUCUGCUACGGAGUGGACCAUGUAUACGGGCUAUGCCCCAUUAGGACCCAGAUCCCCCAAGGUUUCCUCGGCUCGAUGAAGAACCCAUCGCCGCGCGCUCAGGAAUACGGACGCAGGGGCGGAGGAAACUCCCGAGGCGCCUUCAGAGGCAGAGGACGCGGACGGGCGAUGUAG